AUGAAUUUCCUCAAGUUGUUGCCCAUAAUUAUUCUUAAAGUAAAUCUAUACCAAAGUAGACCCAUAGAUCUAAGUGUGACCGAAAACACCGUUGAUGGCUUAGGUAGCACCAACAACAAUUUGAUAAGUUCCCAUUUUGAAGGAUUGCCAGUCCAAGUGCAGGAACUCAACAACGAUGCCAUGGAAUCGGAGGCAGAAAAAUCAUCAGAUCAUCCCAAUUACUUUGAUUUAAGUAUUUAUGGCAGCGCUCUAUAUCGUAGACCAGAUGAGCACACUGCCCAGCUACUGCAAUCCUACGAGGCCGAUACUUCUCCUGUCAAUCCUGAAGAGUUGGGACCCUAUGUCGAGGGUGAUUUGAUAAUACCCCAAUCUUCGGUUAUUUUGAAAAAUGGUCUCACCUCCACAACUACCCGUUGGCCCAAGGGCAUAGUACCCUAUGAAAUCGGAGGAGAUUUUCUACGCCAAGAGCUUAAAGUUAUUGCCAAUGCCAUUAAUGAGUAUCACCGCAAGACGUGCAUACGUUUUGUGCCUCGUACCUCGGAAACGGAUUAUAUAUCCAUAGUAAAUGGUCCCUCUGGGUGUUGGUCGUCCAUAGGUCGUGUGGGCGGCAGACAGGAGGUAAAUUUACAAACACCUGGCUGCCUAAGUAAACCGGGCACUGCCAUGCAUGAACUUAUGCAUGUUAUGGGCUUCCUACAUGAACAGAAUCGCCAGGAGCGUGAUGCAUUUGUGCACAUUCAGUAUAGGAAUAUAAAACAAUCGGCCUAUGAUAAUUUCAAAAAGGUUUCGCCCACAAUUUCAUUUGGUGUACCCUAUGAUUAUGGCAGUGUGAUGCAUUAUUCUUCGAAGGCAUUUACCCAGAAUGGAGAACCAACUAUAGUGGCUAAGCAACCGGAUGGCAACGAGGUCAUGGGACAACGUGAUGGAUUUUCAGCACUGGACAUUGAAAAAAUCAAUCGCAUGUACAAUUGUUAUGACAAGCCCAAGGCCGAUAUACCUCCUCCUGUUGAUCUGACGGAUAUUGUUGCAGCUGCGCCCUCUUUUCGACCUGAACGAGUUAUUGGAGAUUUUCUACAAAAUGUAUUUUCACGGCUGAAACGAGUGGGAAAGUAG